CUGACGAGUUACUUUUCGACGGGAGUUGUGCUCGUAGUCAGUUGUAAUCUCAUCUUGUUCCGCACUUUUAAAGUUACCUUCUAGAAAUGGCCGACGAGGACGUUGCUGCUUUGGUCGUGGACAAUGGCUCUGGUAUGUGCAAAGCUGGUUUUGCUGGAGAUGAUGCUCCCAGGGCUGUUUUCCCUUCCAUCGUCGGUCGCCCAAGACAUCAGGGUGUGAUGGUUGGUAUGGGACAGAAAGACUCCUAUGUCGGCGAUGAAGCCCAGAGUAAGCGAGGUAUUCUUACCUUGAAAUAUCCAAUCGAACACGGAAUUGUUACAAACUGGGACGAUAUGGAAAAGAUCUGGCAUCACACCUUCUACAACGAACUUAGGGUUGCCCCAGAGGAACACCCAGUUUUGUUGACCGAGGCUCCAUUGAACCCCAAAGCCAACAGAGAGAAGAUGACUCAGAUCAUGUUUGAGACCUUCAAUUCACCAGCCAUGUAUGUCGCCAUCCAAGCUGUACUUUCGCUGUACGCUUCUGGUCGAACAACUGGCAUUGUUUUUGACAGCGGCGAUGGUGUAAGCCACACUGUACCCAUCUAUGAAGGAUACGCUCUUCCCCACGCCAUCCUUCGUCUUGACUUGGCUGGCAGGGACUUGACCGACUACUUGAUGAAGAUCUUGACAGAGCGUGGAUAUUCUUUCACCACAACCGCCGAGCGUGAAAUUGUGCGUGACAUCAAGGAAAAGCUCAACUAUGUCGCCCUUGACUUCGAACAGGAAAUGCAGACUGCUGCCUCAAGCUCUAGCUUGGAGAAGAGCUAUGAACUUCCUGAUGGACAGGUUAUCACCAUCGGAAACGAGAGAUUCCGUGCUCCAGAGGCCAUGUUCCAGCCAUCCUUCCUUGGAAUGGAAUCUGCUGGUAUCCAUGAGACCACUUACAACUCGAUCAUGAAGUGUGAUGUUGACAUCCGUAAGGACUUGUACGCUAACACUGUGCUCUCUGGUGGCUCCACCAUGUUCCCAGGAAUUGCUGAUAGAAUGCAGAAAGAAAUCACUGCCCUGGCUCCACCCACAAUGAAAAUCAAGAUUAUUGCUCCUCCCGAGCGAAAAUACUCUGUAUGGAUUGGAGGAUCAAUCUUGGCCUCUCUGUCCACCUUCCAACAGAUGUGGAUCUCCAAGCAGGAAUACGAUGAAUCUGGCCCCUCCAUUGUUCACCGCAAAUGCUUCUAAGCAAAUGGCUUUACAACAGCUGAUUAUGUGGAAACAUUUUCAGGAUUACACUCGGAACUGACUUUGAGCCCGCUCUAAAGAGACUUGAAACGUUAUUUUCAAGGAAACGCGUUUUGACUAUUGUAAUAUGAAUCAUUAAUAGUUUUAUAAAAGAUGUGAAAAUAAACGUUGAAAAUUAGCAGAAAUAUAA